AUGGCUGCAUUACAACCUGCUCUCGAAAACACCCCUCGUCCUACAACUUUCAAACUCCGAGAUAGUUGUCACGCCUGUGCAUCUUCCAAGGUGAAGUGUCACAAAGAGAAACCAACAUGUUCUCGUUGUGCAAAGCGGGGCAUUACUUGCGAAUACUUCGUCACCAAACGCGUUGGACGAAAACACGAAAAUCGAUCCACCGACAAAUCCUAUACUACCGCAAAGACCCCUCAGUCCAAUAUUCCAAUCCCCAUUGAGCCUGCCAGUCAAUCAACAUCCUCAGAGAUGAACUACUUCCUAUCGCCCGGUCUACUUCAGCCGUCUCCAGGACAGACUACAACUUCAAACUCUUCAGACAAUUUUUCAACCUUAUUUUCACCAGUAGAUUCGUUUCUAUCCUCCGUGCUCACAAGUCUGAGCACGGGUUUUGACGAUUUUUCCAAUACGAGCGUCUUUCCCGAAUCAUCUGAUUUCGACAUGCUGAAUCAGUCCAACUUUUACCUCGGAGACGGCAAUAACAGCAGUAAGAGCGGUACCGAUUCCGUUGGGUUUCUCAACGCUCAAGUCAAUUAUUCUAUCUUCGACGAACCGGUCUCUGAGCUGUCGAACUUAUCGCAGCCACAGUCUCCUCCAAGUAGUCACGGCUCUUCAACGAGCGAUCUACAGGGCAAUCAUACCGUGCAUACCUCAGCAGACUCACCAUGUUUCUGUUUGAUUCGUGGACUUGGUCUUAUGAAGCAGUUGUCUCCAAUCGCGCCCGCAGCUCAAACCAUUUCAACGGGGGAGGGGAAUCAGACGACCACAAGCCAGACGCCUACAGUACAAACAGUUAUCGCAGAGAACGAGCAGAUAGUUGAAGCUGUUGGAAAUAUGCUUCAAUGUCAGUGUGCACAAGACGGCUAUCUCCUGACCAUUAUGGCACUCAUUGUUUUCAAAGUCCUGGGUUGGUACGCAGCAGCAGCAAGAGGAACUUCAGCUUCCGAGGAUGAUAAUCGGAGUCCGACGAAGCCCCCUCACUCACGAAAACCGUCAUGUCAUGCCGAGCAGGUUCUUCAAGACCCUACUGUGGUCGGCGAUUACUGCCUCGAUGGAGAAGAUUUAGGUCGCAUGGCGGCACAAUUAGUUCUCAAUGAACUACACCGGGUUCAGCGGGUUGUGAAUCAGUUAUCAGACAAAUUGAAAGCGUACGGAGGAGAGGUCAGGGGUAUGGACACGGUGAAGAGUGGCACGGAAGGCCGUCAGAAUUUCCUGUCAGACAGUGAGACGAAUUCUCCAUUUUCCGUUCUAAUGUUAGACCAAUUAGAGACAGACAUUCGUAAGCGUCUCACUGCUUUAUCGUUAAACAUCAUUGAUAUGUUAAGGAGGGAGUAACAGUAGCAGACAAGUCACGG